AUGCUCAACCGCAUUAAUAUGGAUAUGAUAAUUCUAACGCUUCCGAGAACUUUAAAUGUUAUCACUGCAAUUAUUAAUAAAUCCAUAACAGAAUCUGUUUUUCCUUCUUCUUGGAAAACUGCACUUAUUCGUCCAAUACCUAAAAAAAGUAACCCAACAAAUGUAGGUGAGCUAAGACCCAUUAGUAUACUGCCUUACUUAUCAAAAAUACUUGAGAAAGUUGUUUACUCACAAAUGACAGAAUACCUUGAAAUCAAUGGCGUACUGCCUGUUAUGCAAUCUGGUUUUCGCAAGGGCCAUAGCACUACUACAGCUUUGCUUGAGGUAAUCGAUAAUCUACUUGCAGCUCAAGAUAGAGGUAUGUGCUCAAUUCUGGUGCUCUUAGACUUCUCCCGAGCUUUUGAUUCAAUCGAUCAGUCAUUGCUCCUGGCAAAGUUGUCAUUCUAUGGCUUUGAUGCUAAUGCGGUCAAAUGGUUUGUCAGUUAUCUCACUGGAAGGCAACAACGUGUGGAAAUCAUUACAAGUGACGGUACUAGGAUUCAAUCAAUCCCCCAGAAUGUUACACGAGGUGUUCCACAGGGCUCGAUACUUGGGCCUGUUCUUUUCACGCUAUAUUCUGCUGAUAUCGUAAAGAAAAUUAAACACUGUCAUUACCACCUAUAUGCUGAUGACCUACAAAUGUACCUUUCCUUUAUACCAUCGCCAUCAGGUCUUCUUCAGGCUAUUAAUAAAAUAAAUAACGAUUUAGACGCUAUUUCUGAUUGGUCAAAGUUAAAUUCAUUGGUUCUAAACCCUGACAAGUCAAAGUUUAUGUUAAUAGGAUCAAAAAAUAUGAUUGCUAAACUUGUACGACAGACGACAGAUGCCAUUUUCGCAUUACGCCAAUUGUGCGAAAAGUACAAGCGCGUGCAUAGAGAUCUGCACAUGGUUUUUGUCGACCUUGAAAAGGCGUACGAUCGGGUUCCCCGUGAGGUCCUGUGGUGGGCGUUAAAGAUGAAAGGUAUGCCUGGGAAGUAUGUGAGGUUGGUCCGUGCUAUGUACAGAGCAUCCCGUACAUGUGUACGAUCUGCCGCGGGAACUACGGGCAGUAUCGAUGUGGCCGUAGGGCUGCACCAAGGGUCGGCACUGAGCCCUUACCUCUUCCUACUGAUUAUGGACGCUUUGACGUCGGACCUGCAGGAUGAGGCACCCUGGUGCAUGCUCUUUGCCGAUGACAUCGUGCUUGUCGGGGAAGAAGGCAUCGAGGUACAGAGCAGACUGACGGGGUGGCAACGGAGGCUGGAAAGUGUUGGCCUGAAGAUCAGCAGAUCCAAAACCGAAUAUCUGUGCUGUGAUUUCGGCGGUCUUUCCAGUCCUGUACCCAUGUCGUUGGAUGGCGCUAUACUGCCUAUCUGCUCAGAUGUCAAGUACCUCGGUUCCCUCAUUCAAGGCGACGGCGGAAUAGAUAGAGCUGUGCAGCAUAGGAUUAACGCAGGGUGGAUGAAAUGGCGACAGGUAUCUGUGAUGAGCGACGAAAAGUGCCAUGUCAUCUGUGAAAAGAGCUAUAUUCACUACUGGGUGCUUCGGGAAGUCACUCGUGAAGAAUCGCCCGUGGCAGCGCUCGCCGCUGCUGCAGCGCCGGCAGCUGAGGAUAAGAAGGAAGAGAAAGAGACCAAGAAGGAAGAAUCUGAGUCUGACGAUGAAGAUAUGGACUUCGGUCUCUUCGACUAA